CGCGAUUUACUGCUGUCACCAUCUCGUUUCGGGUUUGCCAUUCUGUCGUCGUCAGAAUUUAAUGUUUCGUGCGACGCAGCAAAUUUCGGUUUAAAUUGGUUUUAUUUUCAUAUUUGAUGAUGUAUUACUGGUUGUAGAUCUAGAUUCGGAAAGUGUUGUUCCAUUGAAACCGUCAAUUGCGAUCUACAUGUGAUAUUUUGGACUAAUCGAAGGUCCCUAUCCAAAGUGUCGAAAAAAAAAGUUCCACAUCAAAAUCUAGCUGCUGGUGUGUGUGAAUUUGAAAUUUGAUUUUUUAAAGUUUUGAGGCGUCACUUGAGCUUUGGGAAAUGCGUUGAUGCGUUGUACACCGAAGUAUCGUCAACCCUAAUGUUAGAGGCUGCAAUUUGCCAUGUCCGGCUCGGGAAAUGAUCAAAAUGAUUCCUUUUGGAUACCGGAAAACGCUAGACAAUCGGGACAACCUAAUUUCAUAUCUCAAGAAGUGCCUCCGGUAACUUCGAGCAGCUACUUUCAAUCUAAUGCAGUUCCGGAAGUUGCUUCCUCUUCCGGAAGUCAUGGAGUCCCUUCUUAUGGGCCAGGCUCUGGGGAUAAUUUUACAGUUCUGUCAGUUGGUUUCGGAAACUUUAUAAAGGUUUACCAUCAACCCAACGAUGACAUAAAUAUGAAUAAUCCGGUACCGGGGAAGUACGAGUAUGAGCUGUUCUCCAACAAUACAAGUUUCCUUCGACCGGGACCAGGAUUUGGGUUCCUGUUUCAUCAACAACCGCAACAACAAUCAAUUCCCCAACCGCAAACUUCAGCAUCGCAACCACAAACCAUGCCUUCCGAAGCACCGAGUAGCAAUACUAACAUGUUGAUCAACCAGCUGGUGGGAAAUUGGGCACCUACUGUUUCCGGAACUUACUCACCUUUCGGAGGUGGUGGUCCAUCUUUGUUGACCGAGGGUUUACCCAGAUCUUCGGAAAUUUAUGUUCAACAAACCCAGCAACCGCAGCAACCAUCCCCUCAACAUGAGGCUUCUCCAGUUAAUCAGCAGCAACAGCCAACGAUUGCCGCCAACAACUCCUCGCCGAUAGCAGUCAAACCGCAACCAUCAGCACCGGCUAGCUCUGCUGUUCCUGCCAAUGCUAGUUUGGCUUCCACUACUGCUUCUUACAACCAGCUGAACGACGAUAACAGUGCCAAACUGAAUCAAAACGUCAACAAGAAACAACGUAUCGUGGCAGAAGUUAAACCAAUGCGUAUGUCCUACUCGGAUGUAUUGAGUAAGCAAGUUUCCACCUCUAGCGGUUCUGGUGGAGGUGCUAAUCAACCAACAGCUGUUCUAUCAGCUCAAAACUCCUCCGGUAAGUCCGCUGCCACUACAUUUGCGACUAACGGAACCAACGGUAAAUCAUCUAACAAGGCAAACACCCCUGCUGGCCAACAUGGAGGUAAGAAUAAAAAUGGUUCUCAUCCUGGAGCUCAGUCGGCUGGUGAAAAGAAAGCAACGUCUUCGACCAGUGGUUUGCGCAAAUCCGGUGGGCAAGUUGGUGGCACUGCCGCUUCUAAUGGACAACCGCAGUUACACGGUGCAGAUGGAGUUACCAGCACUGUACGACAUUCACAACAACAUCAAUCGGUAGCUCCGAAUGUUGCUGGCAAGGGUAACCGUAAAGCGGACAAAUCUUCUGGGAACAAGAGUGGCCCAAGAGGAAACGUUAGCAACCGUACUGAUUUGAGCACCGGAUCCGUGGGUGGAAAGAAAACCCGAUAUCGUUCGUAUGGAGAUGCCUACACUAUUCAGGAUGUACAAGGUGGUAACGCAACCUCCGGCAAGGGAAGUGACUAUGGAAAUGACGAUACAGUUGAGGAGCUAGACGAAGAUGACGAUGAAGAGGAUGACGGCGACGAGGUCGACGAAGAUUACGAAGAAUACGAAGACGACGGGCAACAACAGCAACAUUCGUUUAUGUACAACGUGAAGAAGAACAACAACCCGAACGAUACGCAUUUCGAGAAAAUUUCCGGUGCUCGAUCAGUUUACAAAAAAGGCGGCAGUCGCACUUCGGCUUCCACCAGGGGCAAGGCUGAAAAAUCAUAUCCAUCGUCUUCGACUGGGUCAAAACGUGGUCAGCGACCUCGGAAGAACCAAAAAUACGAGUUUGUUCAAAAAAUGUUAAACACCUGGUUCGAGUAUCUGGUGUUUGCUGUUUUGUGGCUCUGGUCUUUGGUAAGCGAUGUGGUUUACCUUAGUUUGAGACUUUGUUGGGAUUACCUGGUAGCCGGAUAUCAAUACUGUCACAGUAACAUCAUGGUUAUGCGACAAGAAUUCCAGCAAAAUAGACCUGGUACCUGGUUCAAAGGUUUGUGGAAUUCGUUUGAUAGUCGUUUUGCCAAGGAUUCCAAGUGGGCGUUUUGGAGAGGUAAAAGAAAGCCAGCUUCCAACGAGGAACAGACAACUUCCGGUAAGAAUUAUUAUAAAGACGGUCGGCUUCCAUCCACGGCUGAUGAGGCAAUGUCUUCCCUGUUGAAUUGUAAGGGCAAAGAUGCCUAUAGUAUUCUCGGAGUGAGCCCUGACUGUUCUCAGGAGCAGAUAAGGAAGCACUACAAGAAGAUUGCAGUGUUAGUACACCCGGACAAGAACAAACAACCAGGUGCGGAGGAAGCUUUCAAGGUGCUCCAGCGUUCGUUUGAACUGAUCGGUGAACCAGAGAACAGAAAAGCCUACGAUCAAAGCUUAGCUGAAGCGUUGCACGCCGAAAAAACAUGGUCGGAAAUUAACGAUCUGCUAGCACAGCUGCACACUAAAAUCUCAGAAGCCGCGAAUACCAUAAGAUGUAGCAGUUGCUGUCUCAGACAUCCUCGAAAACCGACGGGACGACCACAUUAUGCUGCCCGGGAAUGUAACUCUUGCAAGAUACGACAUUCCGCCAGAGAGGGCGAUAUUUGGGCCGAAACAAGCUUCUUUGGGCUACGCUGGAAAUAUCUGGCCAUGAUGGAGGGUAAUGUGUACGACAUAACCGAGUGGGCCAAUUGUCAAAAGGGAGCGCUGUCACAUUUGCAACCAAACUCGCACAUUGUCCAGUAUCGGAUCGUUCUCGGUGGUAAUUCGCAGCAGCAACAGCAAAAGCAACAGGGCGGUGGUCAACAGCCAGCAGACAAGGAUGCCGCCCGUUCUCGGAAGGACCUCAAUGCAAGCGAACCGAACCUCGAUGAUUUUUUGAACAACAUCUACGGUGGACAGAAUCAGCAACAACAACAAACGCAAGGCAAUUCACGGCGGCGCCAUCGUAGAAACUAAUCCCCUAUUAUUUUAUGUGUUCCGCUUUGCAUUAAUAAUAGUAGACGUAUAUAGUAACAGAAGUAUCGAACAAUUUGUUCAGUUUUUACUCAGAAACAUCUAGAGUAGGUACUAGUAGAGAUUAUUAAUCGUUCAAAAUCGAUCAAUGUUUAGUACAGCAAGCAAACUACCGCAUUCACGUUACCACCCGCUCAUAACCUAGGCUGAUGCAAAUGUUCUUUUUUCUCUUCGUUUGUCAUAUAUUGUUCCAAUUUGCAGUGCACGAUUAUGUCUUGUGUUAAUCCUAAACUCCUCCGAAUCGAAAGAUGCUCUAAAACACUUUCAUUGGCUAGAAAAUAAAACAGUACAAUUAUACAGUAACCGUCGUUUAGUAGCAGUUGAAGCAGUUAAACAAAGUAAAUAUUUAUGAAUCGUCGCGCCAUUUCUCAGCAAAAUGUAACGUAAAACAACCAAUAUGAGCAUUAUCUAGCGAUAUAACAACCCCGUAGAACUGCAAACACUUGUAAUAGUCGUUUACUAUUAUCCAAUUAAAUGGUAAAAUCAAUAACUAUACUAUCAGUAUAAGUUGCAUGAUAGAGAAA